AUGGCGGCGCAAGUAAUCUCCAACUCUGGUCAUGAGGACAUGAUUCAUGAUGCUGUCCUCGACUACUACGGCCGCAAGCUAGCAACCUGUUCGAGCGACAAGACCAUCAAGAUCUUUGAAAUCGAGGGCGAGACCCAGCGCCUACUGGAGACCCUCAAGGGACAUGAGGGCGCCGUCUGGUGCGUCGCUUGGGCGCAUCCCAAGUAUGGCAACAUCCUGGCGUCGGCUGGCUACGACGGCAAGGUGUUUAUCUGGAAGGAGCAGGGCGGACAGAACAGCUCGUGGCAGCGCAUCUACGACUUUCCCCUACACAAGGCCUCGGUCAACAUCGUGUCGUGGUCCCCCCACGAGGCGGGUUGCCUUCUGGCCUGCGCUUCCUCCGACGGCAACGUGAGCGUCCUCGAGUUCAAGGACAACAGCAUCGACCACACCACUUUCGCCGCCCACGGCCUCGGAGUCAACUCUGUCUCUUGGGCCCCCGCCACUACCCCCGGCAGCAUCGUCAGCAGCGCUCCUGGACCCGCCGCCACCGGCAACCGACGAUUCGUCACGGGCGGCUGCGACAACGUCCUCAAGAUCUGGGCCUUUGACCCCGCCUCGCAGUCCUACAAGCAGGAGACCGAGCCGCUGGUCGGACACAACGACUGGGUCCGCGACGUGGCCUGGUCUCCCACGGUGCUGCAAAAGUCGUACAUCGCCUCAGCCUCGCAGGACAAGACGGUCCGGAUCUGGACCUCGGACCCCUCGAACCCAACGCAGUGGGACUCCAAGGUGCUCAACUUUGAGGCGGCCGUGUGGCGCGUCAGCUGGUCCCUGAGCGGCAACGUGCUGGCCGUCAGCGGUCAGGACAACAAGGUGUCGCUGUGGAAGGAGAACCUCCGAGGAGAGUGGGAGUGUGUCAAGUCGAUCGAGGAAUAG